CCUAAUUUCAAUCAUCAUUUCCAUUAAGAAUCCAAUCUGAAAAUGGCUCUCGUUAGAAACAACAGUAGCAAUGGUCGGGAGCCAAUUCUUAGCCCUAGGAGUCUUACUAGUCCUCGGGGCUUAACCAGCCCCAGACCAUUGACAGUCCAACCGACUCAAGAACCUGUUCGCCCUCUGGCCAACUUCCCACCUUCCAUCUGGGCUGAUCGUUUCAUUUCAUUCUCACUUGAUAACAACGAAUUGGAAGCUUAUGCAAACGCACUCGAGGGCCCCAAAGAAGCAGUGAGGAGUUUAAUAAUAGACACCACAAUGGAUGCAACCGCAAAACUAAAGUUAAUCUACUCUGUGCAUCGUCUUGGUUUAUCGUAUCUUUAUCCAGAAGAGAUCGAUGCAGAACUUAAUGAAAUCUUCAAGAAAAUUGACUUACAGUAUUAUGAACAAGUUGAUUUGUACACUAUUUCAGUACAAUUUCAAGUAUUCAGACACCAUGGUUAUAAACUAUCUUCUGACGUAUUCAAAAAGUUCAAAGACAACAACACGGGUACAUUCACGGAUGAUGUCACGAAAGACGUGAAGGGUAUGUUGAGUUUAUACGAAUCAGCACACUUGAGGCUACAUGGCGAAAAUCUCUUAGAUGAAGCUUUGGCAUUCACUGAAGCUCAACUUAAAACAAUCGUAAGCACACUUGAGGGAGAUCUUGCACGACAAGUUAAUCAAGUCUUAAAGAGACCCUUUCACACCGGGAUGCCAAUGGUAGAGGCACGACUAUAUUUUAACACACAUGAAGAAGAUUUUUCAAGCCAUGAGUCGGUUGUAAAGCUAGCUAAAGUCCACUUUAACUAUUUGCAACUACAACAAAAAGAAGAACUCCGUAUGGUUUCACAGUGGUGGAAAGAUAUGGAGUUUCAGACAUCUGUCCCUUACAUAAGAGAUAGAGUACCGGAGAUAUACUUGUGGAUUUUGGGGUUAUAUUUUGAGCCUUACUACUCUCGGGCGCGUAUCAUAGCCACAAAAAUCACAUUGUUCUUGGUGGUUUUAGAUGACACAUAUGAUGCAUAUGCUACAAUUGACGAGAUCCGAUCGAUCACGGAUGCGAUUAAUAGGUGGGAAAUUAGUGCUAUUGAUCAGCUUCCCGAAUAUAUCAAACUGUUCUACAGAAUUCUCCUCAAUGAGUACGAUGAUCUCGAGAAAGAAUACUCUAAGGACGGAAGAGCAUUCAGUGUCCACGCUUCAAAACAAGCAUUUCAAGAAAUUGCAAGAGGGUAUCUUGAAGAGGCGGAGUGGCUACACAAUGGCUAUGUGGCGACAUUUCCCGAGUAUAUGAAGAAUGGUUUGAUUACUUCGGCUUACAAUGUUAUUUCAAAAUCCGCAUUGGUGGGAAUGGGUGCAAUUGCAGAUGAAGAGGCUCUUGCUUGGUAUGAAACACAUCCGAAAAUUUUGAAAGCUUCCGAGUUGAUUUCAAGGCUCCAAGACGAUGUGAUGACUUUUCAGUUUGAGAGGAAACGAGGACAAUCGGCUACGGGUGUUGAUGCUUAUAUAAAGGAAUACAAUGUAUCCGAAGAAGUGGCAAUUCUAGAGCUCAUGAAGAUGAUUGAAAACGCAUGGAAAGAUAUAAACGAAGGAUGUCUAAAGCCUACAGAGGUCUCGGUGGCUCUACUAACUCCUAUUUUGAAUCUUGCAAGAAUGAUAGAUGUGGUAUACAAAUUCGAUGAUGGGUUCACCUUUCCCGGGAAAACCCUAAAAGACUAUAUUACCCUUUUGUUCGUUACUCCUCCUCCUAGUAUCGAAAACUGCUAGGUUGUAAUACAAUCAUAAUAUUUUCUCGGAAAUUUUCUUAUAAUUUGUCGCGUAUGUUUGCGCUCGAUUUGUGAGAUUCUUUUUAACAUUCUAUUGUAAUAUUCUUGUCAAAUAAAAAUUUCUUGUUAUGGUC